GUCGUGGUCGUGGUCGUCAUCGUCCCGGUGCUCCGGUGGUCCCGUCUCGUCCUCCAGCAGCAUCAUCAGUAUCAGCGGGAUGGCAGAGAGCUCUAAGCGGUCACCUGGAGCAGACCUGCCUCAGUUUCCUCCACCGAAGAAGAGAUAUAAACGGUCUUCAGCUAAGAAGGCCUCCGACAAAGAGAGAGAUAAGACCCGGAUCAACAUCGGUCAGGCGUUCCCCAGAUGGAGGAACCUGCGGGCGGCUAAAGGACUCCAGCUGGACUCAGAGCUGGCUCUGCUGCUGCUCGACUGCUAUGAAAAGGGCCCGUUGGGACCAACGCCGCUGAGGACGACUCGGCUGGGAGUGAAGCCUCCUGAGGUUUCAGCUUCUGGUCGUUUCCAUGAGGGAGAGAUGGACCUUGAUGAGGACCAAGUCAACACUCUGGAGAACUGUGUGAUCGAACUGGAGUCUGAAAGUAUCUCAGGAGAAAAAGCCGAGGACAGUUCUGACGAGGACCACGUCUCCCCCGCUCAUAUACGUUUGGGAGCCCCUAAGAACGCCAGGCCAAUGAUGGACAAUCUGCCCGUCAUUUCAGCCGACGAGACGGUCCACGACCUCCCCGAGCAGCUCGGACCUGAAAAGAUGCCGCCUCCUACGGAGCCGCACACGAUCCUGACCGAAGAAGACAUCGUCGGUUCUCGUGCAUCCAUCGUUUACGAAGAGAGCCUACGCCAGCUGGCUACGCUGCUUCACCUUCCAGUGAAACGGUGUCGCCACAAAAUGCCGACUGGACUGAUGUGCCUCGGCCUCCCCCCAUUUGAGUGCAUCAUUGAACAAAGGUGUACUGCCUUUGUUGUCGAAUGGGUUUGUCCUCAUGGUCAUGUCGUCUGGAGUUGGACCUCCCAGCCGACCUUCAAGUUCGGGAUGUUGGCAGGUGACUUCAUGCUUGGGACAAACGUCCUGCUGAGCGGGAACAACUACUCUAAAGUAGCCCUCCUGUUCCGCUUCAUGAACAUGGGAGUCGUCAGUCCGGUUACCUUCUCCAAGAUCCAAGCCACCUACUGUGUGGACACCAUCAGGGACUUCUGGAUGGAGAGAAGGUCGGAGGUCAUUCGGCGGUUACAGGGCAAGGAUGUGGUUGUUGUAGGAGCCGGGAGGAACGACUCACCAGGUCGUAACGCUCAGUGCAGCAGUUACUCCACCAUGGCGGCGUCCACUAAGGAGAUCAUCAACGUGGUGACGUUGGACAAGAGGCAGACCGGCCGGUCCUCGGUCGUCAUGGAGAGGGAGGCCUUUAUGCAGACGGUGGAGAAACUUCACUCCGAGAUUCAACUUGUGGAGUUCUGCACAGAUACACACGUCCAGAUUGGAGCCCUCAUGAACCCAGAGACGGGAAGGUACAAAGACCUCGGGAUAAGACACAGCCUUGACAUGUGGCACGGUGCCACCAAGCUAGCCAAAAAGAUCGCAGCAGCUGCACAGGUCCAAGGCCAAGGCGUCCUCCUCGGCUGGUUGAAGGAUGUCGUCAACCAUUUCUGGUGGUGCUGCAAGAAGGCGAGCACCAGAGAAGAGUUUUAUGCGCUCUGGAUCGGAAUCAUCUACCACGUCUGUGGCCGUCACACCUGGGCUGUUGGAAGCUGCCAUCAUGACCAUCUGGAGAACUUCAGCCACAAGGAGUUGAUCCAGGAAAACUCUGCGACGUACAAGACUCUCCUGAGUAUCCUGCAGAACAAGCGAUGGCUGAAGGAUGUCCACAAAUACUUGACCUUCAGAUCUACUGCUGACCUCGAGGCGUUCCAGAGUCACAUUCUGAUGUAUGCCACCAAACGUUUUAAAUUCUCACCACCCGUCUACGAAGCCAGAGUUCUGCUUGCUGCCCUUGACUACAACUUCCACCUGAACAGACCGCCUGUGCUGUCUAAAGAUGGCAAGAAGAUAUUCAAAAGGCUGUACAACAAACACACCAGACGGUGGAGUGUGUACGCCGUCAAGACUCCCAAAACGUACGGGUACAUCAGGGAACUGCAGGCCAGGAUUGUGGCAAAGCGAGUGUCUUCAGGUGUGGGGGUGCCCAGUACGAGGACCCAGCGCCCAGACGACCCCCAAAGGCUUGACCCACUUCCGCUCAUCCCCCCGCCACCAACUGGAGGAGGAGUUGUUUUACCUUUAGAUAUACGAAAAGUGAUUGUUGGUGAACAAGAGCGGCAGGAGUGGAGCUCCAGUCUGCGCCAGGACGACCCAGAGCCCCCACACAUUAAAGAGGAACAGGAAGAACUCGGGACCAGUCAGGAGGGAGAGCAGCUUCAAGGGCUGGAGGAGGCUGAUAUCACCAAGUUCACAUUCACUCCUGUCCCUGUGAAGAGUGAAGAUGAUGAAGAGAAACCUCAGUCCUCACAGCUUCAUCAAAGACAAACUGAACAGAUGGAAACAGAAGCUGAUGGAGAGGACUGUGGAGGACCAGAACCAGCCAGGAACUCAGAUCCAGACGUCCAGCAGCUGUUGGUGGUUAAAGAAGAUGUUCUCCCUGAGCAGCAGGAGUGGAGCUCCAGUCUGGACCAGGAGGACCCAGAGCCCCCACACAUUAAAGAGGAACAGGAGAAACUCUGGACCAGUCAGGAGGGAGAGCAGCUUCAAGGGCUGGAGGAGGCUGAUAUCAAGUUCCCUUUCUCUCCUGUCUCUGGGAAGAGUGAAGAUGAUGAAGAGGAACCUCAGUCCUCACAGCUUCAUGAAAGACAAACUGAACAGAUGGAAACAGAAGCUGAUGGAGAGGACUGUGGAGGACCAGAACCAGCAAGGAACUCAGAUCCAGAAAGACAUCCAGAACCAGAUACUGUUGACAAGACUGGAGACUCUUCUGAACCUGAGACUGAAAACAGUGAUGAUUGGAAGGAGACUAGAGAACCUCAGUCAAGUUUCAGCUCGCUGAAUAAUGUUGAAGUUCUUGUCGGUGACUGGAGAUUUGUUGCUCUUGAGAAACGAUUUUGCUGUUCUCAGUGUGGGAAAAGAUUUUGGACCAGGGGACAUCUGAGGAGACACAUAAGAUCUCAUACUGGAGAGAAACCUUUCAGCUGCUCAGUUUGUAAGAAAUCUUUUGCACGGAAAGGACAUGUACCGUUACACAUGAGACUCCACACAGGAGAGAAACCUUUCAGCUGCAGUGUUUGUGACAAAAGAUUCACUUGGUCGAAUCAGGUCAAAAUACAUAAAUGUGUUGGUCAUCAGUCCUCACAGCUUCAUCAAACUCAAACUGAGGAGAACAGAGAUGCAGAGCCUCCAGCCAGCAGCUCAACUAAACAGAUAGAAACAGAAGCUGAUGGAGAGGACUGUGGAGGACUAGAACCAGCCAGGAACUCAGAUCCAGAUAGACAUCCAGAACCAGAUACUGUUGACAAGACUGGAGACUCUUCUGAACAUGAGACUGAUAACAGUGAUGAUUGGAAGGAGACCAGAGAACCUCAGUCAGGUUUAAGCUCUCUGAAUAAUGAUAAAAUUCCUGUCAGUGAUUCCAGAUGUAGUACUGACAGGAACUUCAUCAUUAUUGAUGAUGAUGAUGAAGUUCCUGUCAGUGAUUCCAGAUGUAGUGCUGGUGAGAAACCAUUUAACUGCUCUGAGUGUGAUAAAAGAUUUGACAUCAAGAUAGCUCUGAUGAGCCACAUGAGAUAUCAUAAACUGGAAAGAAAUUUCAGCUGCUCAGUCUGUGAGAAAUCUUUUGCACGGAUUGGAAGUUUAGAGAAACACAUGAGAAUCCACAACGGAGAGAAACCAUUCAGCUGCUCAAUCUGUGAUAAAGCUUUCACUGAAUGUGGAAAUCUGAAGAGACACUUGAGAUGUCACACAGGAGAGAGACCAUUUAGCUGCUCAGUUUGUAACAAAACCUAUGCACAGAGAAGAAGUUUACUGUUACACACAAGAAGUCACACAGGAGAGAAACCAUUCAGCUGCUCAGUUUGUGAGAAAAGUUUUGUGUCGAAUGCACAUUUGAAGAAUCACAUGAAAACUCAUACAGGAGAGAAACCGUUUAGUUGUUCGGUUUGUGGUAAAAGAUUUUCAGAAAAAAGUUCUAUAACUCACCACAUGGUCGUCCACACGAGGGAGAAACGAUUCAGCUGCAGUGUUUGUAACAGAAGAUUUGCCUGGCGGCGACAAAUCAAAUCACAUAAAUGUGUUGGUCAUCAGAGUCAGACUGAGGAGAACAGAGAGGCAGAGCCUCCAGCCAGCAGCUCAACUGAACACAUGAUAACACAAAAUCUCUUCAUUAAUGACAUCAUUACGGACCUCUCCUCAUUAGUGACAUCAUCGGUGACCUCUCCUCAUUUUGUUUAACCUUUAUUAAGUCAGACAUUUUCAAUGUGUUGUGUUGACAAUGUAACACAUGUAGCAUUUAUUCAAAUUUACAAUUGAAAUAAAAGUAGUGACCUCUUC